GUGUGGCAGUACAGAAUCUGGCAGAACAGAGCGUACGUAGCAGUACAGAAUCAAGUUGGUAAAUAUCGACGGAUCUCGCUAAAGGAUUCAGUAAAACUUCUACCGAAAAAUUCAUAUUAUCAGCAGCGAAGUUCGCGAUUUUCAAAGAAUUUUCUUCAACUGCGAAGUGCCCUAAAGACUGAAAAUGUGGCGACCUAUGCUUCUGGCGUUCGUUAUGUUCGUAAAUGGGGUGAGUGAUUACGUUGGGUUCGUAAAUUGGGUUCCAGAAGCUGCUUCUCAAGGACUGGAACCUCCAACCAAAGUGCUGGUGCCAGUCAAGCCCCCCGGGCUGGGGACCUGCCGUCCCCUGUCUGCUGUGAGCGUCAGGUUCAGGACGGUGGUGGCCCCCAGAGGGCAUGUGUACAGGAGGAGGCUGGUGAAGGUACAACACGUCGGGCAACUGAGCGGUGUACCUCUCACGGCCACGUCGCUGCCCGCGUGCGCUGCUGCUGCCGAGCAAGCAGGUUUAAACACAUUUGCCUUCGACAACACAUGUACGGGAUACGUGCAGAGCAUCUCCAGUUCCUACUCCUGCGACGUCGAUGCGGCCGAGGGCGUCGUGAUGUUCACAGCAGACAAGUUAUUUUCUCCUAGCAUUUUCAGUGAACCCUGCAUCACAAACUUGACAGUGACAGCCUUCAACGGCUCCGGCAUCUUCGUGAGUUGGGAGUCUGAGAACGCGACCUCGAGGACGUUUGUGAUAGAAGUGGAGGGCGAUCCUUCGGGCAUUGAGAUCCACGGUGCCAACCAGGCCUUCCUACCCUUCAGGACUGCGGAGUGCACGCCCUACACGCUCAAGGAGACAGGAGCCUCGAAUAGCUCAUGUGGCAUCCUUCAGGGCAACAUUCCUGCAAAGAAACCGAAUUUCGACUCAUUCACUAUAUCAGCAAGACAACUGGCGGAGACGAGUGAGGUGUCUUGGGAGUCUCUGUCUCGCAUCGACCCUUGUGGACUGAUAACCUACUUCAACGCCCAUAACUACGCCUACAUUGGAAGCGACUAUUCGCAGUACAAAGACUACAGAAUGCCCACCGCGGACCUCCAUUAUGUGUUCCCUAAUCGCAACUAUGAUCUGACUGUCACCGUCCCAGCUACCGGAAAAGUCCUUCUUGCCCAAUUCGAGGGCUGAUGAUUGAAGUUGAAGUAAUGACUGUAGUGCGAGGUCGUCAUUGUUAUCGAGCAAGGCGCUGACCUUAAGAAGAAAGCCAAACUCUACGAAAUUCCUCAUUUCAGCCAGUAACACUACACAUGCAGACCUAUCAUGAUCAAUUAGUUUAUAAAGGUUUUGUCUCUUGCAAAACGCAUAAAAGUCUUGGUA